UUAGGAAUGAAAAAACAAAACUAAAACUAAAUAAACAUUUGCUUGUGUCAACUUAGCCUAUGUUUGACACGACCGAUGGCAUCGUUUACUGUGGAGGUCGUCCGGUGUAUUUCCGUAUUCUUCGUAGUGUCAAUAAUUGUUGUUCAAAUGAUUGCUACCGAGCUUAAUAUAUUCUCAACUGAUUUAAGAUUCGUGUGAUUACAUUUAGAGUAUGACUUUCAAUAAAAUCUGUGAUAAGAUACUAAUUGCUUUUCUGUGGCACGGACCUUCAUGAUGAAUUCAGCGAAUUCAGAACAAGAUCAAAACCCCAAACCCGAAUCUCGCCCUGAAUCUGUAACUUUAAAGAAAGGGACAUUAUGGCAACAACGUGAUAAAUUUUUUAGCCGUUGGAAAGAAAGGUUUUUCAUCCUUACAAGUGACUAUCUUGCCUGCUUCAAAAAAGCUUCCAAGAUUGGAAUAUCAGAGAUGGGAGGUUUCCUAUACAAGGUAAAUUUGGCAGAUGUUGAUGACCUUCAAUGGAUAGACAAAAAGCAGGAUGGUGUAAUUGCAGUUAAAGUUGGUCAAGAAGAUCAACUAUUAUUGUGGUCAUCUAAAGGGUUGGAUAAUUGGAUGUUUGCUCUCAGGGAUGCUGUGAAUCUCAGUAAAGGUCGCAGGGAGGCUCUUCGGAGGUCUCAAACUCUAAUGCCACAGUUGUCAGAUGGAGGCCUCAUAGGACGGCAUCGAGUCAAUUCCCACCAUUCUUUAUCUGCUAGUCCUGGUCCUCCUGGAAUAGUUCAUUCUGGUUCCAAUCUUGAAUUGUGCAGCAAUGCUGGACCUUUCAUGCGAUCACUUGUUGAUAAGCAUUUUAUGCCUUCAAUAAAUGAAUAUUCUAGGAGAAUGUCAGUUUUAACUGAAGGAGACACUAAUGGCGAUACAGACUGUGAUGCUUCUUCAUCCUGUGAUUACUAUCCUGUGACCCGGCACACAUUUGGCCCUCGAUUGGCACCACAGUGUUCAUCAGGGUCUCAUAGUUCCUUAGUUUCAUUGGGUCGUCGCUCUGAAAACGGGCAUCUCUACAAGCCAUCACCACGUUCACUGCAGGUAUCUCCUGCACUAACACAGCGGUCUCUAUAUGCCCAGCAUAUUCUAUCAUCUCCGGAAAUAUCUCAACCACAGGACUCUUCUAGACGCACAAAAUCAUCGGCUACCUCUGCAACCUCUGAGUUCUCCUUCGUGCAUCCAGACUCUCCCGUGGCCGUGUCAUCUCUGCGGCUGAAACAUAACCGUCCAGGUGAAACAAAGAAACCGCAUCUAUUGUUGCAACAGCAGCAGUCUCUAGGGCUUCCUGGUAAUGUGUUUCGACCUUCCAGUGUCUAUGGGCAGUCUUCAACUACUGGGAGCGAACAACCGCCAGAUGUUGUUCCAUAUGGAGCAUUUACGGCUACAGAGACUCGGUCUAUGCCGAAGAGAACAACUAAAUUGUAUGGUCACUCGAAAUCUGACUCUAAUUAUGCAGAUCCAAAGUUGGACCACUUGCAGCAGAAUGUUGGUGUGCAAUCAAAUACUCAUAAAUCUGUUGUUAUGUGACAGCCUGAAUCGGUGAUCAAUUUCUAAAUAUUAAUGUGUCUUUGCAUUUUUGUAGUCAUGUUUCUAUAAUUGUUUUAUAGAAACUUAUGUGUUGUACAUAAUUGCAUUUAAUAGCACCUUAACUGAAGCUCUUAAACAUGUGGUUAGUUUUUGUUGCCUUCAUUUCCAUAUCUGCUAUUUUUAUAAUAUUCUGUUUUAACCACUAAUUUCAUUUUUGUAUUACUUGCUCAAUAUUCAGUUUGUAUUUAUAGUAAUUUUUAUUAUA